AUGAAAGGUCAUUUCCUUAUUUUCUGCUUGGUUCUCUUUUGUUUACUCGUUUUUUCGUCAGCUCAAGAGCGAGAUGCUGAAGCCGAGGAACGAGUGCAACGGUUCUUCUCAAAGUUGAGACCAAUGGGAAUGCAGGAAUUCCGAUAUCCGAUGUUUGGUGAUGGAAACUCUCGCAAUCUCAAGUAUUGGACAUCGUUGAGAAGAUACAAU